GCUGUUUACAACCCUCAGCUUCGGCUACACAGAGCAGCUUUGCCUCCAGACGACAAAAGCCAGAUUGUUAUUAAAGAGGAGCAGCAGGAGUGUAGCUCCAGUGUGGACCAGCAGGAGUGUAGCUCCAGUGUGGACCAGCAGGAGUGUAGCUCCAGUGUGGACCAGCAGGAGCCAGAGUCCAAAACAUUCAGCAGCUCACGUUGUGAUAAACGAUUUGGCUGGAAGGAACAUCUUAGGAAACGCACGAAAACUCACACAGGAGAGAAGCCUUUCAGCUGCUCAGUUUGUAAGAAAUCUUUUAUACAGUGUGGACAUUUACAGAAACACAUGAGAACCCACACAGGAGAGAAACCUUUUAGCUGCUCUCAGUGUGGUAAAGCUUUCACUGAACGUGGAACUCUGAAGAAACACAUGAUGACUCAUUCUGGAGAAAAACCUUUCAGCUGCUCAGUCUGUAAGAAAUCUUUUAUACAGCGUGGAGAUUUAAACAAACACAUGAGAACACACACAAGAGAAAAACCUUUCAGCUGCUCAGUCUGUAAGAAAUCUUUUACUCAGAGAGGAUAUUUACGGUUACACAUGGUAGUCCACACAGGAGAGAAAAGAUUCAGCUGCAGUGUUUGUAACAGAAGAUUUGCCUGGCGUUCUCAUGUCAAAACACAUAAAUGUGUUGGUCCGAUGGCAACAGAAGCUGAUGGAGAGGACUGUGGAGGACCAGAACCAGCC